AUGUCUGAAAGUGAUAUUGAGGAAUCUCACGAAUCUGCUCAAGAAAAACUAGAAAAAACUGACGAAGAAGAUUGCUCUCUUGUUCCUCUGUCAUCGGAGUACUCUAAAAAGCUAGAAAGUCGCGUAAAACGUCGUUAUAUUGAGAAAAUUUCACUCUUUGGUAUUGACCCGGCUACGCUGUGGAAUGCAAAGUUGGAUCCGGAAUGUUUGCCUCCUAUCGAAGCUACGGAUCUGCUAUCCUAUUUGGUUUUGGAUACCAGCUUUUAUACUGCUAAGCAGUUCAAGGCCUUCAAGAGUUUGGAGGCAUAUAACCAGAUGGUUUCUGGCUUUAUCGCAAGUGUACAAGGGAAGGUUAUCGCCGGAAAGUACGUGGUCAUAGCAAAGGUGCGACAUUCCCAGCGUAUGAAUGACCCUCCGAUCCCCAUUUGGAUUAUUUCGAGUGAGGAAGGAACUGUUAUUUCGGCCCACUGCAUGGGAUGUAAAGCAAGAUUAGCAGAAAAGUGUUCCCAUGUUGCGAGCGUGCUUUUUAUAUUGAGACAUGGACAAGAAUCAACAGGAAACUAG